AUGAAGGAAAAAAUAUUUUUAAUAAUUUUGUUAAUGAUUUGUGUGCUAAGAUCUUCACAAUCAUCUAAAUUAAAUUAUCCACGUGUGUUAUUACCAAUAUUUGAAAAAAUUUCUAUCAAUUUUACAUUGGAAGUUAUUGAAAAAGGUUGUUUUAAAUGGAUAUCAUCUCGUCAAGAUUUAAUUCAAAUUUCACCUCAAUAUGAAAAUAAUGACAGCGAUUGUUCAUCAAAAGUAAUAGUUACCGUUUUGACUAAAGAGAAAAGAAGGAAUACAGCUAUUGUAUUGGCGGAGGACUUAUCUAAUUCUGAAGUUUUACGUUGCGAUGUAAUUUUAGAUAUUAUUGGUGAGCUUGGUGUAUUAACGACAACUCGAGAAUUAUAUUUAGAAGAAGCACCAGAAACCUUUGAGUUAUGGGCCCAAGAUUCCCAAGGAAAUGCAUUCACUACUUUGGAAGGAGUAGAGUUUCAAUGGCAAAUUAUCCAACCAGAUGGGAAUUGGCCUCAAGUUCUGAGAUUCCUAACAUUUAGCGAAAGUAAAUAUCAUGAAACACCCAGUUCUUUGUCGAAAUUUGAAUCUUUGGGAAUACAAGGGUACAUGGUAUUAUUAGAAGCUAUUAACACAGGAGUCGCGAAAGUUUCUGUUCGUCUUCCAUAUCCAGAGUAUGAUGUGGUCCCCGUGAUUGAAGUGGAUAUUAUGGUUUUGGCGAAUAUAAUUCUAGAUCCAACCGACGUAAAUAUUUUAGUUGGAGACACUAUUGAGUUUAGGAUCUUACAAUUAAAGCAAGGAAAAUUGCAUGAAAUAUCUUUAAAUGAUCAAUAUUAUUUAGAAAUAUUAGAUUCUCAAAUAGCUUACAUGGACCAAAAAUUUGCCACGGGAAGAGCUUUGGGUAAAACCGUAGUUGUACUUCGGGACAGAAAUGUUGUAGGAGAUGUGCAAAAUAAAAAUAGUCAAAACAAAUCACCAGUCCCUAGGGCAACGUUAACUGUUACAACACCUCGUAAAAUUACAGUUAACUUAUUACCUUAUUACAAUUGGGUUACUGUAGAAGGAGAAAAGCAUGAAAUAGCCAUAGACUUGUAUACAAACGAAGAUCAAAAAAUUCUGUUGGGCCCGAAAUACUUUAUUGAUUCCGAAUUUGACGAAUCUUUAUUUUAUCCUUUUAAAACCAGUAAAAACGGAAGUCGAAUUUUUGGGCAAACCCUAAAGGAGGGCAGCUGUUUGGUUCAUGGCUCGUAUAAACAACUUUCAGCAAAAGCUGAAUUGCAAGUUUAUAAGGAAUUGGUGUUGUCACCGAAACUCGUUAUUCUUCCUUAUGAUCCUAAUGCACCAAAAACCCAAAAAAUUCAGUUUUUGGCUAAAGGUGGAGAUGGAAGCUAUAUUUGGUCUUCUCAUUCCCCGAACUUGGUUAACAUUAAUCAGAAUGGUUUAGCUGAAAUAAAAUUUGAUACAGAAGCCCGUUUCUCUGCGCAAGAUAAUUAUGAUGAGAAAUUGAAAACCAAGCUGGUUAAGCAUACAAAUGUAAAAGUUGCUAUGUCCCGAAAUACAAAAAUUGUACGUUCAGCAGAAAUUUUCUUAUUACCUCCAGUAAAAUUAGAGAUCGUCAAAUAUAAUUUUGAAACUUCUCUAAGAGACUAUGUCAAAACUCAUAUUGCAUUAUAUGCGUAUGUGAAUGGAAGCUAUACACCUUUUACAAAUUGCGAAAAUUUACACUUUGAAUUAGAAUUUUCAAAUCCUAUAUUCCAGCUGGAUCCUCUAGGAGGUUCCAUACAAGAACAUAUCAGCGAUGAACUAGAAUACAACGCUUGUCAUUUGUUGUACCUGAAGAGCACACAAUUAGGUCAAACAAACUUAAAAUUAGUUUAUCGAAUUAUGGAUAAAAUUUUAUUCGAUGAAGUUCAGUUGUUUGUUUUUGAUCCUUUAUCAAUAAUAAAUCCAGUAAAUAAUGAAAUAGUGUUACCUAUAGGAUCAUCUCGCAACAUUUUAUAUUAUAAUGGACCACAACGUAUCUUUAAUGUAGACGCAGAAUUAACUAAAAUUAUUCACUAUUCAAGCCGUAUUGCAGAAAUUACACAAAUUAACAUGGACACUUCAAAACCAUUGCAUGGGUUACAAGUUUUAUGUAAAGAAGUAGGAGAUACACAGCUAGAUUUUAAAAUUUAUAAUUUACCGUCAAAUAAAAAUGCUGUCCCUUAUGUAUCUACAAUGGUGACUGAAAUACAUUGUGUGAAACCCAGAUUUAUUAACUUAUACCCCACUGAAAAAAUUAGACAAAACUGCCCGUUGGAAAUGAAAAACUCAAUAAUGCACGUCAAAAAUCAAAACGAAGAUAAUCUUGAAAUUGAAAUAGAGGUUUUGGAUGUUAAAAACAGGAAACUGAUGAAUAUUAGUUCUUUAGUGAUUUCUUGGGAAUUCUCUCAAGGAAAUAAAGUUUAUUCUAAAGAAAUUAACUACAAACAAGAAACGGAAGAAGAAUUAUUUGAAGGAAUACGAUUUCCAUCGAAAGAUUUUCUUAAGACUCCAGUUCCUGAGAUAUUAAAUAACUUCAAAAUUAGAUCGAUCGUUACUAAGUAUGAUAACAAUGUUUUGAAUAAAAACAAAAUAUCUCCCGAAAACCCAGAAUUUGGAAUUCCACAUAUUAAAAGUGGGUCUCUUGUUAAACCAUUAAUUGAAAAUGAAAUAAAUUUCAUGGCAGUAGACCGAACCCUUCUGCCAUUUAACAGCAUAUCAGUGCUCUUAACUAAAAAUAAAGUUGAACGUAUUCAUAUUUCACAAGGUAGUGGGUUCUAUGAAUUUGAACCAAGUGAUGACGGAAUUGUGACUAUGGAAUUUGAUAGUAAAAGUGGAGAUUUGUUAAUAAAACCUUUGAAAAUUGGACAUGUUACGAUUGAGUUAAUAGACCGCUGCUUAAUGUCGGAAGCGGCUCGAUUAUCUGUGUCUGUUGUUUCUGUUGGUCGUGUGUUAGUUGAUGUCCAAGACCGUGUUCAAAAAACUAAAACUGUAGAAGCUAUAAUUAAAUUGUAUGAUUCUAAUGAUAAUGUGCUUGCAAUUGAUCAUAAUAAUUUACAUGAGUAUGAGUUGCAUGAGCAUAUUUUUAAUCCAACGAUAUUUAGUGUUAGGUUAAAUGAUAAUCAAAAUGAUUUGAAGCCUGGUGAAAUAAGUUAUCUUGUGACUGGGAAUGAGCUAGGAGAAACAAAAGUAAUAUUCAGUUCGGGCUAUGGCGAUCAAUUAAUUUCAAGUGAAGCUGCAAGUAUUCAGGUUUUUCCUCCAUUAAAAUUAUAUCCAAGAAAUUCUACUAUAGUUAUAGGAUCAAGUAUACAAAUAUAUUAUCAUGGUGGCCCGAAUCCAGAUGUUAAUGUUGUAUACACAAUUCAUAACCAACAUGUAGUUUCAAUGGAUUCCACAAUAGUUUCUGGUACAAAACUUGGUGAUACUAAAAUAACAGGCAAAUGUGUUGGUAUCAACCCAAAAACUGGUAAACAAGUUGUGUAUUCGGAGGAUACUAUUGAAAUUUUUGUUGUACCUCUGGAUAAGAUACAAAUUCGUACACCUCUUCUAAAAAUUAAGAGUGGAGCAGUUAUGCCUGCUUUUAUAUGGGGUGUACCAGAAUUGUCCCCUAUGAUUUUAGGAACUUUGGAAAAUAUGAGAAUCAUUUGGUCUACUAACCAACCAGAUGUUGUUGAUAUAUAUGGUGCUUUUGCUGAGACAGGAGUUGAGUAUAGCGAUCGUGAUUUAAUUACUGUACGAGUACGUGCCUUAAAUCCUGGAAAAGCUAAAAUUCAAGCAAAUGUCAUUUUGUCCGGCGGCAAGAAAUUGACAGCAUCUGUGGAGAUAUUUGUUUUCAAAAUUUUGGAAUUGGAAUCUCCAAAACCAAUUCGAAUCGAUUCAAUUUUGAUGGCGCCACGUUCAACAAUUCAAUUGAAAGCGAAUUUGGAUGAUGUUACAUAUAAAUCUGAAAGUUCUUUGGACACUACAUUCAAUGGAGCUGGUAGUGGUAAUGGGAAUAAUGGUAAAACAAGAAGCUCAGUUAUGAAAAAUUCUGCAACCAACAAACUCGGAAAUAUAGAUAGCAUCAAUAAUAUUAAAAUUGUUAAAGUGUCACCUGACGGUAUUGUCAAAUCAGGUGAACUUUUGGGAAGAGAUUUGAUUAUUGCGAAAACAUAUGAACAAACAUUACCCAUCGAUAUUGAGGUGAAAAACAUUCAAUAUAUCUUAGCUACACUAAAAAAUCCAUCUUUUAAAUUGAAACAAACAGAAGAAAAAAUACCACGUGGUAUGAAUCUUGUAUUGAAAGUGUCACUUCAUGACAACCUGGGUAAUGAAUUUGCUCACAAUAUUGAGGAUAUAAGUAAUUUUAAGUACGAACUAUCUCAUAAAGAUAUGGUCGACAUACAAAUUGGAAAUAAUCAAACAUUUGCAAUAAAUCUUCUGCGUGAGACAAAUAACAUGCUUUCUAUAUCACUGAAAGAUAACACUGGAGUAAAAUAUGCGGAAGAUUAUAUAAAAUUAUCUGUUUCCGAAUCAAAAUAUAUUUACCCAACAAAGACAAUUUUCUCUUCUGGCGAUAUAAUUUGUUUUGAAUCACCUUUAACUUUGGAAACUUUUUGGACAUCUUCAGCUGAUCGUUUAGUAAAAAUUGAUUCUGUUACAGGAAUUGCUAAAGUGAUUGCUGUUCGUAAUAAAUUCAAUGAAAAAGUUGUAAUAACAAAUAUGGGAUCUACUGGAAAUUUUAUCAAAUAUGAUUUAGAAAUUCGUGAAUCUGAUAUGAUUGAAUUUCAAAAAACAUACGAUAUAUUUAGCGGCACAUCAUAUCAAGCAUAUUUAGUCAUCAAAAAUCAUUUGCAAUCAGACAAAUAUUCCAAUAUGUUUGCAAAAAAUAUUUCGAAAUGUUCAAGUAAUUCAGAUCAAUUAUUUACGGAAGUAAAAUUUUUCACUUGUCAUUUAUCAUCGAAACAACAAUUAGGAACUCAAGUUAUAGAAUUUUAUAAGGUUUCUCCGAAAUUUGAUAUAAAUCAAGGAAUGUACUUGUGUGAAAUUGAAUUACUUUCUGGAAUAGCAGAUGUUGUUAAUUUUGUAAAAAAUAAUGAUAUUAAUAUUGAAUUGAAGGCACAAUUAUCAAAUGGUGUUAAUGAUAUCGUUACGCUAAAAAUAGUUCCGGGAAUCAAAGUAACUCCAGAAGUAAUUACUGUUGAUCAAAUACACAAUCAAGGUCUUAUAGUAACUGGACUGGAUAAAGUUUUACAAAAAAUAGAGAUUAAAUCAUCCGAUGAAGAAAUUUUGGAAAUUUCACCACAAGCUAAAGCACAUGGUUCAAUUCACUUUAAGUUAAAAUUAUUAAGUGAAUUUCCUGCAGAUGAAAAUGUUUUUGUUAAUAUAGUAUCACCAUUAACUUUACAAAAUUUGGAGAUACCAAUUCUUAAGCCCAGUACAUUAAUUCAAACAUGUUCUAAUCAACCAUUUAAAACAACGCCAGUGUUUUUGAUGAACUUUAUUUCAAAUCUUGGCUUUAUUAUAUCAAUAAUUGUUCUUGUGGCAACAAUAGUUUGGAUUGCAAUGUUUGGAUUUCCUGGUCGUAGUAGAGCAGAUAUCAACCCUGAUGUAUUCUCAACGUCAUCAAAAAAUAAUACAAAUGUUACGAAUAUUAGUGGUGCAGCGUUAGAUCAAAGUCAGUUUGAUAAGAGUGGAGCAAAUAUGAGCGGUCAAAGGCGUCCUUAUUAUUCUCAUUUUGAUUCACCAUACCGGAAUGAAGGUGCUAAUUUAAGUUUAUCAUCUGGUAAUGAAUCACCAGUUUAUGGUGAUACAUCAAUAGUUUCUCCACAAAGAAGAUUGUAUCCACGUAUUUUAUAGGAUGAGGAAAUUAAAAAUAAGAGCCAAAAAAUUAGCUAUUUUCUUGCAUCAAAUCGUUCCUAUUAAAUAAAAUAUAAAAUUUAUUUUUUUAAUAAUAUUAACGAAAAUUAUAUUUUUUUUAAAAAUUAUAUUAAUUUAAGAUGUGCCACAAUUUAGUUUAAAACAUCGGUUUAUAACAUACUAAAUAUUAUAUUAAAUAGUUAUAACUUUAUGAUGCGUGACUCAAUAUUACUUAAUAUAAUAAAAAAAUUAAUAAAAUAAAUAAAUUCAAACCACAUAACGAAAUACGGAACUGCCUUACUUAACUGACUGACAAUACUUAUUUGACUGUUUAGACAAUUUACUAUUUACUAUUAAAUAUUAUUUUGUGUUUAAGUAUUUAUAUUUUGAUUUAAUUGAUGUUAAGAAAUGUUCAAUAUAAAAAAAAAUAGAAUUGUAAUAAAUAUAACCUCUGCUAUUCUCAUUUAACACUCAAUAAUUUUACAAAAAUUACUAAUUAAAAUUUCAUUUUUGAUAUUAAAAUUGAUUAAAAUAAAUUAUAAAAUUGAUGAAAUAGCUUUUAAAAUAAAAUUACAAUAUAGGACAUUAUCAUUUCCAAAAAAA